AUGGCGAGGUCUACCUUUAAUGCAGUGUUUGCCCGGCGUGUUACCGCCGAGUAUCGGGAUUUCCGGACACCGGUGACGCUUGAUGAGUGGGAUGAUGAGGAUGUGCAGAAGCAGUGGCCGCCCGACAGAGAAGACGACUUCUUCAAGCGUGUUAACAACGAGAUUUGGCCGUUGGACAAAGAUGAUGAGUUCUGGACGCGUCCUGAAGCGAUCGAGUUUGACCCAUGGGAGCCCGUUCCAACUCCAAGUCAGAAGGCAAAGGAGCAAACGGCCUGGGCCCCAGUCGUCGACUUCAUUGCUAGUUUGGUCGAACUUGAUGACGUGGAUUUCGAGGGUAAAAGCCAGAUACCAACAACCGUCCUUCGCGUCCUAAAUGAGAAGGAUGGCGGACCUGUUCGCCUGCAUAUAUACGGCUUCAGUCUCCGUAGUCUAUACCAGGCCGAAUCGAACUACCACGAUAUUGACGAGGAUGAGUUUUACCUGGCCACUUCACCAUGUCUUUCGAGUAUUCGUCUUCUAGUACCGACCCACCCUGAUCGGGCCCACGGGGUUGAUGACGGAAAUAGGGUCUGUUUCAACGAGGAUGCUGUAGCCCGUAUGAUAGAGGGACUGGCGCCAAACUUGAAAUUCGUUUCGUUCAACGAAACCUACUCGCGGAGGCGGGCCAGACACGACUAUAUAUGGCCCGGGUUCUUUCCCAGCCGACCCCAGGACACUAGCAAGAGGGGAAAGGGUUCUCUCGAGACUCUAGCGCUAGAAUCCGGCAUAUCCACCGACCCGGAUAGUAUGCGGGCCUGGAACGACCGCACUUCCCUCAACUUUCUACGCUCUCUUCACCUACGUACAUGGGACAUUGAUGUACCCACGUUAGCUGUUCUUUCCGAAAUCGCCGAGGCUCAAGGUCUCUGUUCCCUCCGCAGUCUUUCUCUAUGGAUCGGAGGCUGGCCCAGUGAGGAGAGCGAAGACAGGAUAAGCGAAUAUAGAGACACCGAGAUCUCUAGGUUUCUGAAGGCACUACGACACCUCCAAUCCCUCGAACUCAAAGGCCCUUUUGCUGAUAAGACAUUUGAUACCAUACUCCACACUCACAGGCGUUCUCUACGGAAACUUAGGCUUAUACCGGAGCGGGACCCAGAUGUGCAGAUGGAGCCGUUUGUCCUCACGCGAGAUCGGGUGGAGGCGUUAGUCCGAUCAUGUAACCAGAUCCAAGACCUUGAACUCCGUAUCCCACGGUCUCAAGGCGAUGAGGAUGAAGUCCGGAUCUACCACGCCCUUUCUGAGCUGCCUCUGCUCGACAGGCUGAGUUUGUUACUUGACUGUUCCAACCUGCGAGCGGCUGAGGAAGAGUCAGACAACACUUCAGGCAUCGCCGACUCGUUCAUCCGCGAAGCUCUCAUUAAUCUCAACACGUCGGACCGUGCACUGGCUGUAGACAUAUUCGAUGCCCUUUCCCUACGCAACUCACCGCGUCUCAUCAGGCUCUAUCCUGACGAAGUAGGGAAUUUCGGUACUGACGUGCGGGAAUGGUCUAUGAUCUUUAUUAGAAACGUCCUGUCACGUGCUUGGAUACGAGAACGGGAUGAUAUGCUUAGCCACGAGGGCGGAUUCCGCAUCACGGAGAUUGAGGCUAAAAAUCGGCAGAACAGUUACGAUAGUAAUGUUUACUUCACCGCUAUCGAUAUCGACGCGAAGACGUACAAAAUCCAGUUAAUUAACUACCCGGCUCUGACCACAUAG